UUUUCAUUUGCUAUAUAUAUAAAACCUGAAAUUUAACAAAUUUAUACUGACUUUGUAAGCGGUUCUUACAUUUGGAGUAAAGAGCAUACACGACAAACAUGAGGACUUUAUUAAUUAUGUUGAUUGUAGUCGCAAUGUGUAGAGGAAAUCAUUUGAAUAUGCGCAAAUUGAUGGACUACUUGAGGACGCAGGAGGCGGCAGAAUCUAAAAGACACGGAAUUCCGCCGGAAGCCAAAAGACAGGAAACAACUCAACAACGUACCACACCUGAUACAUAUGUUGAAACCACGACAUCUGUACCGGAAAAGGAAAUAUAUGGGUACGAUGAGGCGUUCUUGUUCCCCGGAAGCCAUUUUCUUACAGACAUGAUUCGUAAUCAUUGCGAAUCUGGAAUGGGGCUUCAGAUAUCAGUUGAUGACAUUGUGGAUUAUUUUGAGAUACCAGAAUGUGACAUGAAGGAUAUUGGAGAUGUAUUCGGUCUCCUGGGACGGAUAAAAGAUACGGACGGUAUUGCAAUUUUGGCUACAAGAAUGAUUAUUAAACCAAUGUUGGCUGUUAGAAUGAAGUGUCCAGCCAGUAUCCUUGAAAUGGGAUUAACUAAACUAUUGUUGGCAAAGAAACAACACUUCAUUUCUGACGAUGACGAAGCACUUUAUAUAUUUCUCAAGAAAAUGGCACCGAUGGUUGAUACAGCAUUGGAGCCGUUUGCAGACGACAUUGCUAUGAAAGGUGCCCUGGAAAUACAUGAAACCAUAUUCAGGGACACUUUGGACUUUUUGUUACAGUUUGGUUAUAAAGAUCUUGGGUAUGGUUCACAUCAAAUCUCUCAGGAACUUCAGAACUAUUUUCAACACGUUUUAAAUGGAAUAGAUAAUUCGGACCAGUUGAAAAUGGGGCUAGAGUCUGCUUUUGCGGGAAUAAAAUGUCCAUCAACAUGUGAAGUUGUCAAAGGUCAUAUUAGAGAGAUUCAACGAUUCAAAGAUGUGUUUACUACAAUGGAAACGGAGCAUAUUUGUUUGAAGGUGAUUGGUUUCCUGUCCAAUUAUAUCAACAUGGCUAUCCCUGGGCACCAGCCGGAGUUCAGAAAUAACGAAGCACUGGAAACAGUUUGUCAGGGGAUCAAAUUCGUCAUUGCAAAAAGUGUGGAACAGUAUUCUAAAUACGAAUAUUUCCUUUCCACGGCGGAUAUUUCUGAAUUUAGUUCAAUAGUAGAAAACGUGUUGCCACAAGAACAGUGGACACUGCUUGAAGAGGCCGCGAACAGACUAGGCUUACAGGACAAAUCAAGCCUCUCGUGUUUGGAGUAGUCUCAUAUAAAGACAAAUCAAGCUUCUCGUAUUUUGAAUAGUCUCAUAUAAAGACAUUCUUCAUUUAAUUCACUAUAUCUUGUCAUAUAUUAUCCAUUGUGCAUUUAUUUUGUCAUUAGUGUCUAAAGCAAUGUUUAUGUAUGAAAUUUCCUUUCUAAAUUUGUAUUCUUUGUUUCAUCAAUGUCAUCUAAAAGACAGAAAUAGAAUAUAUAAAACUGGAUAAAA